AUGACCAACAGAAGAAAGUUAGAGAUCUUGGAAAGCCAGAAAAACAAGGAAGGCCAUAAGGCUGGUCGUCCAAAAACAAAAGACUCUGAUACACAGCUGACACUGCAAUUCCAACCAACAUUGAGGAACACUUCAGCAGCAGCAGCACCACCACCACCACUUUUCACACCUGCACCUACAUCAGCUGAUUCUUCCACCGAUCAAGUCAAUUACUUUGCACGAAUUGAGGAACCAGGUGUACCGCUUUCCGAUUUGCUUGUGGAUAUUGAGCCUCGGCCAACCACUACAAACAACGAUGAUGACUUGGAUGAGGAUGACGAUUUGGAUGACACGUUGAAGCACCAAGAAAGUGACCUUACUAAUGAAGAUGGUGAAGAACCUGUCCGAGUGCAAGGCCAUGCGCAAGUAUACCUAUUGGAUAUACAGAAGCAAGUAGUGGAUGACGUGAGGCAAUACGGUGAACCACGUCAAUACAAGAACAAGUCUUUCUGGAUAUAUCCGUCUGAUGCCUUCUUUGUAUUGCGCGAAAAGCUUGACCCAAAGAUGCUGUACUUGCCACGUAUCUUCAUCUGGAUUCCACAUAUAUUGGUGAAGCACUUUCAAGUGACUCUUAAGUGUGUCUCAUGCAACGGAGAAUUGAAAUCUAAAGGAUACAACAACAUUGGUCGAAGAGUACUGGAUCUUGACAGCUCGUUUUACAUCAUUGGCACACGCUAUCAAUGCAAGAAGUGUCUUUCUGAACUCAACUCCCAUGAUCCAAGCGUUUGGCGUUAUCGAAGACAGUGGGAAAUUUGA